CUUACCGACAGUUUUACAGGAAACAAUGAAGGCGUUACUUGUGGCUCUUGUACUAGUGGCAUCCGUUGCGGCAAAUCCGUUGCCAAAAAAUGAAGACAAUCAAGAGGAUUGGCAAUUAGUUCCUGAUGCGUCAGGAAAGAUGCAUAUGGUGGAUACCAAAAGCAGUGAUGUUGACGAAAUUGGACCGUCGUUUGUGGGAAUGCAAGACAUGGUUUUCCGUUUAUUUACACGGAGCAACUUGAAUACACCGCAAAUCAUACGCAUUAAUAACCCAGGUGACUUAGCCGCAAGUUUCUUCAAUCCUCAACGUCAAACAAGGUACAUGAUACACGGCUGGUUGGGAGGUGGAGAUGGCGACAAUGGCUUGCCUAUUAUGCGAUCUUUUUUGAACUACGGUGACUUCAAUUUCUUUAUGGUUGAUUGGUCUAUCGGUGCUGAAACGAUCAACUAUAUCGUCGCCAGAGGACGUGUGAAUGAAGUCGGAACUGUCGUGGCUCGUUUUGUCGAUUUCACUGGCCAGAACACAAACUUGGUAUCAGUUAUGGGGCAUAGUUUAGGGGCACAUGCAGCUGGUGCUACUGGAAAGAGGACAACUGGUCGUUUAUCAAGUGUUGUUGGACUAGAUCCAGGCGGUCCACUAUUUUCGUUGGAUGUGCCAGCAGACAGAAUAGAUCAUACUGACGCUAAUCACGUUGAAAUACAUAUUACUGAUGCUGGUAGACUUGGCUUUCCACAUCCAGUAGGACACGCAAACUUUUAUCCGAAUUGGGGAACUAGCCAGCCCGGUUGCGGAACAGAUAUUACAGGACAGUGUGGUCACAGUCUUGUUAGAGACUUUUUCGCUGAAUCAAUAAACCCAGCUCGAGUAUUCGGGGCUAUCAGAUGCAGAAAUCUGGAUGAUAUUCGCCAGAGAAAUUGUGUUGUUAGUGGAGUGAGUAGACGAAUGGGCGGUGAGCCAAUAUUGGAUGGUACUAGCCCGCCUGGAAGUGUUUUCUUCUUAACUACCAAUGCGCAAGCACCGUUUGCCCAAGGGCCGAGAUAAUUUUUUUUUUUCGAUGUUUUGUGAAAGUUUCUUGUUCUUUUGAACACAAUAAAAACUUUGAUGGCUUGUUGCGGCUGCUACAGAAAAAUGAUUUUG